AUGAUCUCAGACUACUGCUCCAGACAUCCAGUUAAAGAGCAGCCAGUUGAAAGCUUUGCUGAAGAUUACGUCAGGUUUAUUGCUCACACGUCAGUGCCAAGUUCAUUAACUAUGUCUGACAUCGCAACUGCCACUCAGAAAGACUGUGUUAUUAAGUGCGUAAUGGACGCGUUACCGAAUAACAGUUGGUCGAAACAAUUAUGUUACCAAGAUGACAGCUUCAGGAGUUAUCAAACUGUGAGCGAAGAGCUAACUGUCGUGUCACUCGAUGAAGGAAAUGUUUUAUUGCGCGGCACGCGACUGUGCAUUCCUGAUUCGCUGCAACAAAAGGUCGUUAAGCUAGCACACGAAGGUCAUCAGGGUCGUGUUCGCUGCAAAGCACUUUUGAGAGAAACAUGUUGGUUUCCAUACAUGGAUACACGUGUAGAUGAAAUGUGUAAAAACUGCAUACCGUGCAUGUCCGCUUCUCCCUCAACAAUACAAGAGCCUAUAAAACCCAGUCCGUUACCAAAACAACCUUGGGACGAAGUAUCCGUGGAUUUUUGUGGACCUUUCCCGUCAGGCGAAUAUUUCAUGGUAGUCAUAUGUGACUAUAGCAGAUAUCCUGUUGUAGAAAAACUCCAUAGCCUUUCUGCGCAAACAGUUAUUCCACAUCUUGAGAAAUUAUUCAGUUUGUUUUCUAUCCCAAGUGUCGUGAAAACUGACAAUGGAUCUCCAUUCAACAGUCAAAUCUUCUCGGACUUUGCAGAUCGUUUUGGUUUUAAACAUAGAAAAAUAACACCACUCCAUCCGAUGGCAAACGGUACAGCAGAAGCUUUUAUGAAGCCUUUAGUUAAAACCAUGAAAACCGCAUCAGCAUCAGGAAAGAACUUUAAAACUGAAAUCAGUAGUUUCCUCAUGAACUAUAGGAGUACCCCACAUCCAAGCACUGGGCUUUCUCCGUAUGAACUCAUGUUUAACAGAAAAAUGAAAACAAAACUUCCCCAGUUUUCAGUUUUCAGAAAGGAUAAGUAUGUCAGAGAAAGAGACACUAAAGCAAAGAUGAAAAAUAAACGUUAUGCCGACAUCCGACGGAAAACGAAGUAUUCAACAAUAAAACCUGGAGACAAGGUACUUGUGAAACAAAAUAUAAGAAAUAAACUUGACACACCAUUCAGCUCUUCAAUCGGUAAGGUAAUCUCGGGAAAAGGUUCUAUGGUCACAGUUCAACACAAUGAUCGUACAAUUACCCGUGACAUAUCCCAUUUCAAACCUGUAAACUCAUUUAACGACAGCGACCAGCGUAAAUCCUCUUCCGACGCCGACGGUACCUCACUGCGAAAAUCAGGAAGGAAACGAAGACCCCCUAGAAGGUUUAUAGACGAAUAA